CGCGAGGCGGGGCUGCUCGGCUGCGUGCUCUGUGUCCGGGCUGUCAACACCCGCGGGUGAGCCCACGCUGCGUGUGCGCUCGGGCCGCUGGGUGCCGGGCUGCGUCUCUGUGUGUCAGCGACACCCCGAUAGGAACCCUGCUUCGACGUGCGUGUCAUGGCUUAAAAAUAGAGGCUAAUCCGUCAGCCGGUCUCGCAGCGGCGGCGGGCGGGGGCGGCGGCGGCGGCCGCAGGAGAGUCAUGGCCGUGGGGCCGGUUGCGCCUGCCAUCGGCCUCCGCGACUGAGACCCCGCGCCGCGCUCGCACCCAGCAACAGCUACCUGGAGACUGACCCCGCGUCGGCGCAAAGCCACCCCUGCAGCCGCCUCUAAGAUGUGCCCUGGUAACUGGCUCUGGGCCUCCAUGACUUUUAUGGCCCGCUUCUCCCGGAGUGGCUCAAGGUCUCCUGUUCGUACUAGAGGGGCCCUGGAGGAGAUGCCAGAUGUGCAACAUCCCUUCCUCAAUGUCUUUGAGUUGGAGAGGCUGCUCUACACAGGCAAGACCGCCUGUAACCAUGCCGAUGAGGUCUGGCCGGGCCUCUACCUCGGAGACCAGGACAUAGCCAACAACCGCCGGGAGCUCCGUCGCCUGGGCGUCACCCACGUCCUCAAUGCCUCACACAGCAGGUGGCGAGGCACGCCCGAGGCCUACGAGGGGCUGGGCAUUCGCUACCUGGGUGUUGAGGCCCAUGACUCGCCAGCCUUUGACAUGAGCAUCCACUUCCAGACGGCUGCUGACUUCAUCCACCGGGCGCUGAACCAGCCAGGAGGGAAGAUCCUGGUACACUGCGCCGUGGGAGUGAGCCGAUCUGCCACGCUGGUACUGGCCUACCUCAUGCUGUACCACCACCUCACCCUCGUGGAGGCCAUCAAGAAAGUCAAGGACCACCGAGGCAUCAUCCCCAACCGGGGCUUCUUGCGACAGCUCCUGGCCCUGGACCGCAGGCUGCGGCAGGGUCUGGAGGCCUGAGGGGAGGGGAUAGGGGGUCAGGCCAGGUGCAUUUGGCCCUGGCUCCCAGCUGGAGGGAGGAGGCCCAGAUACCCCAUCUUCCCCUGUCCUGUGCCUGCGCAGGGAGUCAGGGAUGCUGCAAGCACGAACGUGACGGUGUAGAUAUGUUGUGUAGAUGGUGGUGUAGAGACAGACGGUAAAGAGAGAGUGUGAAAAGCUGUGAGACCAGAGGGAGACACUCACAGACUUGUUACUCCAAGCGCAGGAAGAGGAGGUGUGGGAGGAUUGGCGCUGUGCCCGCGGGCGCUGGUCGCGGCCAAAAGCUGCAGGGGUGCAUGCCUGGGAGUCUUUAGAUGAUGGCUCGCUUCCUGGCUGCAGGUGUCUUGAGGGAAAAUAAAGAUGGUGGACAAGACAA